CGGUUUAGAUUUUUUUUAAAUGAAAUUCCAUAAAGGCCAGCCAUUUAGAAUUAUAGUAAUAUGAUCGUUUAUUUUUCACCUUUGUUCUAGGUGUUUUGUGUCCAUUCCACACGUGUGCAGACAAACGCACAUUUGAAGAACAUAAAGUUUGAACAAAUAACAAGGAUACUUACCAUCAUUAAUGUAUAUUAAAAAUGUCCGACCUUUAAUAUUAUUUAAAAAGACAAUGUUCCUGUUCACACUGCAGCAGGAGAUGUGGCAGAAUCGGUGGCGCUUGUGUUCUUUGACUGACAGCGUGGUUCGGGUUGAUAAACGGCCCGGUGGAAGCACUGACAACAGAGGAGACUCGUAUAAGAAUGAACUUCUGACUCUGGCGCGUCAGGGAGAGUGUUGCGCGGCAGCCGGGUAGGGGGCGCUAGAGCUCCGGCCUCAGCCUCUGGAUGGCUCGGGCUGGAGACGCAGACAGAAAGAGCAGUUUCGAGGAAGUGACGGACGGAGCUCGGAGGUCUGGUCAGAGGAAGUUUGCUCGGCGGCGGCUCUGAACCAAAGUUUUCCACCCAGCGUUGCCGCGGAGCAGCGCGUUCGGAUUUACCCGCGGCAGGAUCUGAUUCUUACGCCUCCGAUAUUGAGGAAUUACUCGGGAGAAGCGCGUGGAUCGCAGUGGAAUCCCGUCCUCCCAGCGACACGCCGCCAGCUCCCCCUCUUCCCCACGCCUCCUCAGCUUGUUCAGGGAUCAGCGAUGGGGAAGGAGCAGGAGCUUCUGGAAGCGGCGCGCACGGGAAACCUGGCCGCGGUGGAGAAACUCUUGUCAGGGAAGCGACAGUCCGCGGGCGCCGGCGGCGGCGGCUCGUCCGGCGCCGGUGGAAGCGGCAACAGCAGCGGCCACUCCGCCUCCUCGCACCCACUCUCCAGCCUCCUCAGCAUCUGGAGAGGCCCCAAUGUGAACUGUGUCGACAGCACUGGAUACACCCCCCUGCACCAUGCCGCUCUGAAUGGACACAGCCAAGUGGUGGAGCUGCUGCUACGGAACGAGGCCUUGACCAACAUCGCCGACAACAAGGGCUGCUUCCCCCUUCACCUGGCCGCCUGGAAGGGAGACCAACACAUCGUGAAGCUGCUUAUCCAUCAGGGACCGUCUCACCCCAAACUCAACGAGCAGAGCUCUCUAGAGCAUAAAGAGUUCAAACGCUGUGGGCCCUUUGACCCCUAUAUUAAUGCCAAGAACAAUGACAACGAGACGCCGCUGCAUUGCGCCGCGCAGUAUGGCCACACUCAGGUGGUGCUGCUGCUGCUGGAGGAGCUGACCGACCCCACCAUGAGGAACAACAAGUUCGAGACGCCGCUGGACCUGGCCGCGCUCUACGGUCGCCUGGACGUGGUCAAGCUGCUGCUCACGGCGCAUCCCAAUCUGCUGAGCUGCAACACCAAGAAACACACUCCGCUCCACCUGGCCUCUCGCAAUGGACACCUGUCUGUGGUGGAGGUGCUGCUGGACGCCGGGAUGGACAUCAACUAUGAGACGGAGAAAGGCAGCGCUCUCCAUGAAGCUGCUUUGUUUGGUAAAACCGACGUGGUGCAGAAACUUCUCAGUGCAGGUAUUGAUGUGAACAUCGUCGACCAAAAGGGCCUGACGGCGCUGGACACUGUCAAAGACAUGCCUUCGCAGAAGAGCAGAGAAAUCGCAGCUUACAUUCAAGGUCUUGCGGCAGGAAAACCUCCGGACAUUGAUCUCCCUCCUCCACCCAUCCCACCGCCUCAAGAGAGUCCCAGCCCGCGGAAAAAGGGUGAGCUGGAGAAAGUCAGUGAGCUGAUCUCCGGUCUGGCUCCAGGUCCGGAGGAGGAAAGCCCCUAUGAAGCCCUGUUUGAGGCCACUUCCUGUCACUCUCUGGACAGCCUCACCAGCGGGAAGUCCUCUGACCGAGACUCUGGACGGCCGGACAGCGAGGCCGGAAAGAAGGACAGACCACUUCCCCCUGCACACGCAGUUCCGGGUAAUGAAGAGGAGAUCAGUUCAGAGGUUCUGUUUCGCAGUACAGAUGAGAGACAGGAGCUCGUGGAAGAAGAAGAGGAUCACACUUAUGAGCUUCUGGUGACUGCUCAGACCAAAGUCCCUCCAUCCAGCCAGGAGUUCCAAAAAGAUGAGAUCGCCGCGUCACAGUCUUCCAACGCCGCCCUACCUCAGCGCCAGCCUUCUGCGCCGAAUGACCUCGCGCCGCCAAACAAGACGAAAGAAACCCUGCAGCCCCCUGGACGCAGACGGACCUCGGGAGAUCAGAGCCAGGAUCCGGGAGCAGGUGUCCCAGAGCAGUUCACUGGUCUCCUCCACGGAUCAUCCCCUGUCUUUGACUGUCAAGAGGAGCCCUUCAGGCUUCCGGGAGCUUCUCCACCCAGCCAGGAGGAGCCCAAGUCAAGAGAACAGGCCAAACCCAAGAAGACGGCAGCAGCUGUGACACCGCCAAGUCGACCCAGUAUGGCCGCCAUCCUGACGGACUGUGAUCCCAAAGCGAUUUACGCGACUGUGAACAAGGAAGCCAAAGACUCUGGUGCUGGAGGAAGGAAGCGUCCUGGUGACCUGAAGCUAGCACGCAGCCUUUCCAAGUCGGACUCGGACUUGCUCGUGUCUCCCCCUACUGAGGAGGAAGGAGGACUCGGGAACCGAAGCGAGUCUGUUUCAAACUGUAGCACUGGGAAGAAGAGGCUGGAAAAAUCUCCGUCUUUCACCUCGGAAUGGGACGAGACACAGACGCCCGCUCUGUCUUCCGUAGACCCAGCGAGACCAAAUUCCAAUGAGAGUAUCGAGAAGAUCAUGACUCUGAUCGGUGCCGGCAUCGAUUUCUCCAGAGACCAGCACUACGCGACGCCAGCAGGUGCCGCCGGACGACUGCUGGACCAGCCGGUGGGCGACUGGCUGGAGCACGUCGGACUGCCACAGUACGAAAGCAAACUGCUGCUCAAUGGCUUCGAUGACCUGCACUACAUGGGGAGCAACGUGAUGGAGGAUCAGGACUUGAGAGAGAUUGGUAUCAUGGAUCCCAGCCACAGGAAGAAGAUCCUGCACGCAGCUCGCUCAUUUCCCAAGGUCAAAGCUCUGGGCUGUGACGGCAGCACCUCCUUGUCCUCCUGGCUGGAGAAUCUGGGCCUUCACGAGUACUUGCACAACUUCCUGGCCAGCGGCUAUCGCUCCCUGGACUGUGUGAAAAACCUGUGGGAGCUGGAGAUCGUCAACGUGCUGAAGAUUUCCCUCCUGGGUCACAGGAAACGAAUCAUUGCCUCACUGGCUGAGAGACCUUACGAGGAGCCUCCGAUCAAACCUCCUCGUCUGUCGCAGAUCAGAUGUCAAGACCUGCCAGGAUCCCAGAACUCCUUCGGCCAGGUGGACUCCUACUCUGGACACUCCAUGGAUCCGCUGCUUCCAGCUGAAGCAGGAAGGAGGAAGCAGCAGGACAGUGAGGUGGACCUGGCCCAGAGACAUCACCGAGCCCAUGAACGAGGCGAGGAGCGCCCCCGGGAGCCCCGCCUGACCCUGCGCCCGCCCAGUUUGGCAGCGCCCUACGCUCCAGUCCAAAACUGGCAUCACCAACCUGAGAAGCUGAUAUUUGAGUGCUGUGCUUAUGAAGCCAGUUACCUCGGGUCCAUGCUCAUUAAGGAUCUCCGGGGAACCGAGUCCACCCAGGAUGCCUGCGCCAAAAUGAGGAGGUCGACGGAACAAAUGAGGAAAGUCCCGACCAUCGUUCUCUCCAUCACGUACAAGGGAGUGAAGUUCAUCGAUGCUGCCAAUAAGAACAUCAUUGCCGAACACGAGAUCCGCAAUAUUUCCUGUGCGGCCCAGGACCCUGAGGACUUGUGCACGUUCGCCUACAUCACCAAGGACCUGCAGACGAGCCACCACUACUGUCACGUGUUCAGCACCGUCGACGUGAACUUGACGUAUGAGAUCAUACUGACCCUGGGUCAGGCGUUCGAGGUUGCCUACCAGCUGGCCCUGCAGGCCCAGAGGACCAAACACCACCACGGCUACCCCGCGGGCCCGGGCGCUGACGUCAUCGACACCAAGGCCAGCAGGCCGGGACACAAGCCUCGAGCCAGCGUGCGGAAAUCCGGGGGUGACCUCGCAGAGCAGGCGGAGGAUUCUCAGGGCAGCAGCGCCACAUGGCUCGUCGACCCAAAGGAGUCCAAGCGCACCAUCAGCACCAAGUACGAGACCACCAUUUUCUGAGUGGACCCCCCUCCUCUCUUUCACUCCUCCGUCUGGACCCCCACUCCCUCUGUGUGCCUUCCACUCUGCCUCUCCGGCCGGACCCUGGCCUCCUCCUCUUCUCACUGUGGCUGAGCUUGCUCAUGCUCUCUGCUCCGACCCCCCCCCCCUCCCACUGUCCCACUGUGGACUUGAAGUGAUGAGCUCUUUCUUUUCUCGGUGCUUCCCCUGCUCCGCUUAGGCGACGUCAGAGAAUCUGACUCCCAGAGAGCCGCCUGCUGCAGCCCCUGGCUGGACUCUGUCUAUGCAUCGUUCGGACCACCCCCUUUUUUGCUUUGGUUAGACAUGUGCCGAGGGACCGAAUGUUGACACCCACGAUAAAAAACAGACGAGAACUAUGAAGUCUGUCGACUGAAAUCGGGGAUGUGUUUUGGCUUCACUGUGAGAAUGAUUUGAUGCUUCAUUUUGGUGUCAGGUAUCACUGUGAUUUUAUUUAUUUUUUUAAUCGACGACGCGUCAUAACUCUUAGCCUCAACUGAUGUUGUCUUCCCUCCUUCAAUAUAAAACAGUCGCUCAUCUGAAUUUGAAUUUUGCAGCAGCAUGUGUCAUGUGCAUCUCAUUGCAUCAUGAGGUUAGGAUUUAUGACGUUGACAUGACUUCAGUCUGUGUUAUGGAGCAGCAGCACUGGCAUCCACCAGAAUGUGGAAGGUUAAACCUGACACUUCCUGUUCAGCGCACAACCAUUAGCUCUUGCACUCAUCCCUCUCUCCUCCUUUGUUCCAACCAUCUCUCUCUCUCUCUCUCUCUCCGGUGACUGUUUUACCCGGUUGAUCAUUACAUCCCUGCACCACGUCGUCCAUCACUUUUCUUUUAAUCCGCUGCUUUGUCUGCAUGUGUCCUCCUUGUAGCUGACCGCUGUGGCCACUCCCAGCCAGGAAUGAUGUUUGGUGGAUGGAUUUUGGUUUCGUCAGGUGAAGCCACGUCAGCAGGAGAAAGAAUCCAAACAAACAUCACUCCAUUUAUUUUUUUUUUUUUUGAUCGAAGCGCGUGCAUGUGUUAACAAAGCACUUUUGUUGACUUUUCGGUGUGACACGAGGGUGCGCGCAUGAUACUUUGGACCUCACACUGUUGGUACGUUCUUCAGGCUCUAUCCAAAUGUAGCGUUUUGGACAUCAGCAUCUGGUCCUCCACAGAACUGUGACAAACCCAGAAACGAUUUAACCAAACCAAGCGGCCGGUGGACUGACACUACAAAGUUUUGGCUCUUAGUUUUUUGGAGGACGGCAAUGUGUCCUCAAGCUGGAUCAGGUGUGGCUCCUUCCCUUGCCUGCUCUUUGUUGAGCUCAUCUGCCCCAGAUGAUUCACCAAACCUGCCAUGCAGGCUCCUCUCAGAAGAUGCAGGGUCAGUUCGUAGUAACCUCCCUUUAUCGACUGUUAACGGUACUUUCUUUUUCACGUCCGCGGUGGAGAAUGAGGGUACUUCUGGUUCACCGGUGCUGUGGUCCCGUUCUGCUUUUGCACAUCGCUGAGGAGCUGAUGGCAAUAAUGAGAAUGAUCUUGUAAAGGAAAAGAGCUGUCUGUAUUUUGAUACUUGAAUUAUUUUUGCUUUUAUAGAUAUCUAUAUAUGAAUAUAUAUGUACAUGGAUGUAUGUAAUUUUUGACUUUGGUCAAAAGAGAAAUGUCUUAUAAAGCUCAACAUAUCGUGAAUAAAAACCCUGUGAUUUAAAAAAAAAAAAAAGGCUGAGAGAACACGACUCAGAUGAGGGACCUCACUUCGGAACAAAAAAAAGAUUGUAAAUAAUCUUGGGCUUCCAGUCUUUUUUAUGAUUAUUUUUCAUAACUGUACGACUAAUAAACUUAAUAACUGAAGCGACUGCGUUCUU